AUGGAAUACGACACUAUUACCGCCAAUGACGGCUGCCGCCUCAGCUUCCAGACGAGCGUGCCUCUCCUAGAAGCACAAGAUCAAGAUGCCGCCAUCGUCUUGAUGCACGGCUUCAGCGGCUCAAGUGAAUACUUCGUUCGCAAUUUCGCCUCUCUCUGCGAGAACAACUGGAUCAUCGCGCCCGACAUGCGAGGCCACGGCCGUUCAGGUCGCACCACUGGUGGCUACCAUGUCGCCCGUCUUGCCGUUGAUCUACGAGAGCUUCUGGCUCAUCUGAAAAAAGCCGCCCCUGGGGUUCGCUUCUUGCCCGUCGGGUGCUCCAUCGGCGCUGCCGUGCUCUGGACCUAUGUCGAGCUCUUCGGGCCUGAGGACUUCGCUGGUUACGUAUUUGUUGACCAGGCCCCGCUGCAGGAUAGGUCGGCGUUUGGUGCGUGGGAUGAGUCCAGAGCCCACCUUGGCUGCUUCGACGAAGCAUCUAUGCUGCAAGCCCAGAAGGCCUGGAUCGAGGACACGGAUGCCGCUCACAGAGGUCUUGCGGAAGGCUGCCUCGGCUAUCUUCAUGCUCCUGCCCUUGAGGAUCAGAUCAGUCCCGAACUGCGGAAAUUAGACAUGGAUUUCUUCACCCAAACCAGCGCACAGUGCGACCCUGUCUGGCUAGCGAGGCUGCUUGCAGAUCACACGCGGUAUGACCACCGUGAGGCCAUUGAGCUUAUCACGAAGCCGACGCUGGUCAUGAUGGGAAAGCGCACCGGGUGCUUCCCGCUUGAGGGUAUGAUGGAGACGGUCCGGCGGGCUAACGCGAGGAGACCCAACUUGGCUAAGGCAUCUGUCUUUGACUCUGGGCACUGGCUUUUUUAUGAAGAGCCGGCUCGCUUCAACGACGAAAUUCUCUUGUUCGCGGCCGAAGCGUUCGCAACCUCGUGA